AUGAAAAUUGAGAGAACAAGCCAUGAGAAAAGUAACGAAAAUCAAAGAAAUAAAAAGGAGAAAAAGGAGGAAGGAGGACAGACUACCGGCGGUCUGGCGGUGGCAGGGAGUCGCGACAGAGAGUCCCGCGGUGGCUGCGGGUUCGGAACACCAACAACGAAUAAGGGUUUGCAAGAAACGAAACUAAAAUACAAAGGAGGAACGAAGGAGGAGAAGCUCGAAGAAGAAGGAGGACAAUCUAGUCGCAAUUAUCGUAACGGAGGGGGAAGUGGGGGGUGGGCAACGACGCCGGUGAGGAAGGGGGAGUGGGGUUUGGUGGCGGCGGUAGUGGGGAGCAAUGAGGAAGGUGGGGGAAGUGCAGGGAAGGGAAACACGGGUUUGGUGGUGGCGGCGGCAGUGGGGAGCAAUGAGGAAGAUGGGGGAAGUGCGGGGGAGGGAAACGUCAUCGGUGAGGAAGGGGGAGUGGGGUUUUGUGGUGGCGGCAUGGCGGCGGUGGGGUUUGGUGGUGGUGGCGUUCUCUCUCCUCUAAUUCGUUGGUGCUGCGAGGAUGAAGGUCAUGUGGUUGCUUAA